AUGAGAGAGGUAGGUGUUCUCGGUCCGGUUAGUUAUGCGGCAGGUGUGCGCGCUCCAGUUAUUGGUAUGUGGUGUGUUUCGUUUGAGUUGUGUCGCUUGAUUCGAAUUCGGCCAUUUGAAGGCUUGCGUGCAACGGGCGGCGCUCAGGUGAGCCAUGAUAGGGCAUGCAUGUGGGGCUGCAGAGAAUUCUGGAUGCAUCGAGAAUUGUCGGUAGUGUUGUGA